AUGAUUGAUAACGUGGACUGGUUUGAAGUGAUUGAGAAUCUGGAGGAGGAUUUGUUCGAUGGUGACGACUGGCUCUCGGACCUUUUACGCGAGGAGCCCAAGGAUGGCGUCAACGUCGACGUGGAGCCUGUUGAAGGUGUUCCGGCCACCGAAUCUGGUGUGGCUGAAGAGUUGACUUUGGAUCCGUCACUGUUGACCCUCCCGACUUACACGAACUAUCCCCGCAGUUACACUCAAAUCUUUGAGCCCCAUGAUCUUCCGAUGGAUCAUGUGUUUCCGAGCUUGACUCUGCAACAAAUGUUGUUCUCGCUAACCAUUCAGGCUCCCAAAACAGAGUACAAACACGAUCAAGGCGGCAACCUUCAGGGUGUAUUCACUGUAUCUGGACUGAAUACUAGAGUUAGAGGUCCAUUCACUGAAGAAGCUCGAAAGGCCACUGCGAAUGCUAGAAAGAGAGGUGUUUGCGAAAAGUGUCGCGGCUUGAAAGUUCGGAUGCUCAAGACUAACAAUUCUGAAACGUCCAUGCAUCAGAGUCAAUCUUCACGAGCUUCCGUUGCACCGAUUGGGUAUGUUUCUCUAUCGGUGAUUGACCAAGCUGACCUUUUAGGCUCUACACGCGACAACAAGCUGUAUGAAUGGCUGUCUAUCAAAGACGUCAUGAACGCAAAGCUAAACAUCGACCUCGAUCGACAUACCAUCAAGCUGACCCAAGGAUUCGACUGCGAAGUUGAAGUUACUGUAUCAAAGUUUCAGCCUCUACCUGGUGACAAGACUUCAUAUCCAUGGAGAGACUCUGCAGGGAACCAACGAAUGCUCGAGUUACCGCACUACUACAUCGCCGACAUGGAUAGACAUCAGAGGGUCAUUGAUGAAUACAACCAAAAGUCGUACAAAGUGUACAUUCAGAGACGGCUCAAAGGAAAGAGUCCGUUGAUGAACAUCCAAGAGGCGAUCAGGUUCUCGGAACAACACAACAGCUCCCUUGUCAAAUAUGGUCUGCGUCUUUGGGCAGGAAGCCGACUGACUGAGCUCCCGUGGAUGAUCUGCGGCGAGCAUACCCUCGGUCAAAUUCCAGUUCAAGAUCUCGAAUGUCCCCGUAGCGGUACGAUACCGAUUCCUCCGAUCAUGGACACGCAGAUGGACCAUCUUGUCAUCAAAAACAUCAUGACUCCACUCCGUCAACGGAUCCUCACAGGCCUACAGACAAAAAUCAUGGAGAACAAACGCGAGAAUUGGUACGAGAUUUAUCUCACGACUUUCGUGCUCCUCAGCAACAUGGAGCGCCAAUUCGCACAGGUUCUGUACAUCAUCGACUGGUAUGGAAUGGAGAGUCGUUUCGGCACAAGAGGAAACUCUUCCGUCAGCGAGUCAUUCAUCCACUCAUGUAAAACACUACUGGCAUUCUUUCACUAUGCUGGUGGAAGCCAUAAGCCACUGGCCCUUGAUUGGAAAGGUUCAAAAGCGCCUCUUGGGAUUAUGACGCAGCAGCAGGCUGAGUAUUUGGAUAAGACACAGAAACAGAUUGAUCGCGAGGGCGAGAAUUUGAGUGGGUUGAAGACGGAGUCGAUUUACAAAAGGGAUAUGUAUUGGUGCCAUCAGUUGUUGUUGGGAGAUUGCAAGGUCGAUGAGCAGAAUGAUCGGGAGAUUGACGAACUGAAGGAGGAGGACUACAUCUUUCACUGA